UGGGCUGGGAAACUAUGACGACGUGAAGUCGCACAGACACAGACUAACACUCCAACAUGGCUCAGCCCUCACAACCGUUGGCUCCUCCUACCUGCCUUGUAUGUCCUGUAUAUCCACCUCCUUUCGCGAGCAAGAACGAUGCAUGGACACCGUUCACAACGUUUCUCCCCUCUAGCGCUCCAUGUGCAAGGACAGGCGAGCCAGGGGCCCGGUCCGCCAUAGUAGCAACGACCAAUGAAUUACAGCAAGCAAUCUAUUCCGUUCUUGCCAUAAUUGCGUGGGAAAACAGGGCCUACAGGUCGCUUGGAAGUAACUCCUGGAUCUUCAUGUAUGCACAUCCAAUACUUUAUGGCUAGGUUGAUUUUUGAUAAGAUCACUUGUCUGCUACUCCCCUCCAACAUGUUCAUCCUUCCUUACCUUCCAGCAUCUGAAAAUGCUGCUACUGACUGUCCUCGCCUUGUGUUGUGCGAUGAUCGUGCAGGCUCGCUCACAUCUUGGACGCACUGCCAAGGUCGUCGAUGCGAGGCAGUUCACCAAUGAGACGACCUAUGAUUUUGUCAUCGUCGGCGGUGGUAUUGCAGGGCUUACCGUUGCAGAUCGCUUGACGGAGAAUCCAGAUGUUACUGUACUGGUCAUCGAAUAUGGCCCUUUCGACUUGAAAGAGGACGGCGUCAUGAUCCCUGGCGCAUAUUUCCCAGUACCGUACCUCUGGCUACCAUUAAUGAGUACACCACAAACCGCGCUUAACAAUGCGUCAUUUGGUGUGCCAUGUGGUAGAGUUGUGGGUGGUGGGUCUGUAGUCAAUGCGAUGUUCUUCCAUCGAUCGGAUGCUGAGCUUUACAACGCGUGGGAGGAGCUGGGGGCGACGGGCUGGGGUUGGUUCGAUCUGCUUCCGUAUUUCAAGAAGAGUGAGACCUUUACAGCACCAGAUGCAGAAUAUGCGGGACGUCAUAACAUUACGUGGGACGUCGCCAUACAUGGCUCUGACGGCCCGGUGCAAGCCAGUCAUGCUCCGUACGACUACCCAGGAAGUGCCAAUAAGUACAAUGGAGCACUAAGUUUGGGUAUCCAGCCGACUUUGGAUCCCAACGGUGGGCGCGCCCAAGGCGUAUUCCGCCUUCUUCGCUCUAUCGAUCCUAAAAUACAGACGCGUUCUUCAGCUCGCAUCAACCGCUACGACAGGGAUGCUGUAAGACCGAACUAUCACAUCCUUCCGAAUACAGCAGUAUCGCGUGUCGUUUUCGAAAAUCUCACCGCUGUAGGUGUUGAUCAUAUUAGCACUUCCGAUGGUACGAGAGGUACUGUCCAAGCAAGCAGAGAAGUCAUUAUAGCUGCUGGAAGCGUACAUACACCACAGAUACUACAACUCUCUGGGAUUGGUGACCCAGUUCAUCUCAAGAAUCUUGGUAUCGAGCCGAUCUCCCAGCUCCCUGGCGUCGGUCGCAACCUGCAGGAUCAUCUAGUUCUGAAGGUGAAUUACAAUUACACGUCCAACCACGUUCCAAACGGUGGAUCCUUGCAGUCUAACGCUACAUAUGCCAUGGAGCAACGCGUUCUCUAUAACACGGGGAAGCCGAGCGCAUACGACCUUACUGGUACAACUGGCAAUCUAAUCAUUCAGCUGCCUCUUUCGAACUUCACAAACGCCUCCGUAUCAAUUAUGUCUAAAGCGGCUUCAAUAUCUCCUGCCGAUAUACUGGGCAAAGAUAUCGACCCAUCCAUACUCGCUGGUUACGAGAAACAGCGUGCCAUCAUAACCAAGGGCAUCAACACGGAGGCUGUGGGUGGCUUGUCAUGGAACACUGGACCAGAGACAAGUAUCUACAUGACGCGUCCUUUUAGCCGUGGAUCUAUCAAGAUAAAAUCUACUAAUGUCCUCGAUGCCCCACUCAUUGACUAUGGCGCAAUCACCGAUUCGACCGAUCUUGAUAUAUUGUAUGCCAUCUAUAUGAAAAACCGGGAACUUAUGGCCACACCUGAUCUUGCUAUCCUUGGUCCUAUCGAGACAGCACCCGCGCCAGGCAUUGAAAACGAGGACGACAUCAAAGAGAGUAUCAAAGCAGCAUUGGAGCCAAGUAACGCGCAUCAAUGUUGUACGGCCGCUAUGAUGGCAAGGAAAGACGGUGGUGUUGUCGACCCGCAAAACAGAGUCUAUGGAACACGCAGGAUUAGCGUAGUAGAUGCGAGCACGUGGCCUCUUGUCGCUGGUGGUGGGCCACAGGCUAGUGUAUAUGCUGGGGCAGAGAAGGCUGCAGAUUUGAUCAAAGAGCGUCACGGAUUACUCUGAUGUUCGUUUCUCGAUCUUGAUCACUGGUUUCGUAAGCCGACGCAUGGACAUUGGAGACGCCGUCGGAUUUUGCGGCGUUAUCGCACUUCACCAUCUUACAAGCGUCAAUCCC